AUGUCGACAGUCUCAGGCAGCUACAGGGGCGAAGCUAACAUCACUGAACGCAGAAUGAACUACGGCGUUGAUGUCGAGCGCGCUGAUGACCAGCAACCGGGGCAGACGGCUCCGCGGGCUGUUGAAGACGCGCUCUUUAUUGUUGUUAUGGGAGUGUCUGGGACAGGGAAAUCGACGCUCGGGAACUCGCUAGCCGACGCGCUCAACAUCGAAUUCAAGGACGGCGAUGAUUUGCACCCAAAGGCAAACAUCGACAAAAUGUCACGAGGAGAGCCUCUAAACGACGAGGAUCGCGCACCCUGGCUCGAGAUAAUCCGGACGACCGCACAUCAGACUAUUCAGGCCCAAAUAGGUGUGCGGCAGAGCACGAUCGAGCCAGAGAGAAUGCCACAAACGGAGAAGACUCACGCAGACCACGCGGACGCGGCUGUGAGAGCUGGCUCGAAGAUCAGGACGAACAAUACUAGGCCCGGUGUCGUGAUUGCCUGUUCAGCGCUGAAGAAGCGGUAUCGGGACGUGCUUCGUGGCAAGACGGUGUCAGGAAUGCUGCCGGACAAGAUAGAAGCGCCGCACCAGCAUGAGUUGCCGACAUACUUCGUAUAUCUAGAGGUGCUGAAGGAGAGGGGGGACGUCGACAGGAUCUGGGCUCGCAUGAAAGAGCGCAAGGGUCACUACAUGAAGGCCGGGAUGCUGGAGAGCCAAGUGCAGGCCAUGGAGUCACCAGCGGGCGAGGAGAGGGUUGUGACAGUGUCCAUCGAUGAUGCAACGGAGAAGCAGCUAACAGACGCACUCGAUGCAUUCAAGCUUGAUUACUAUCGCGCCGAGUGA